GUUCAAAACCCUGAGAUGCAUUUUUACUUUCGGGAGCUGGCUUACCCACCUCGUCACAGUGUUAAGCAGAUGGGAUCUACUUUUUGAGGGAAGUUUUACACGGAGUCUUUCAGUGUAACUCCAUUUGACGGCUGUUUCUAUGGCAACAGGGUAGCCCUCCGUAAUGAAUGCCAUUUCUCAUUUUCUUCAAAUAAUCCUUUAAAUGACAUUGUGAAGGAGAAGCAGCAAUUGUUCAGCAUCUCCAUGAACUAUUCCAGAGCUGAUGUGCUGAUACUCAGGCAUUAAGCCCUAACUAUGCAGGACUCGGGGGACCUUGAGGCUCAGCUGGCCUGUAAGGAGAGAGAGUGGAAAGAGCUGCAGGCCCUGCGCAUCCAGCAGUUGGAGACUGCACUGGCCGAAGCCACUAGCCAACUUUUCAGCCAAAGAGAACGCUUCUCGCAACUCCGUGAUGACUUCCAGUAUAACCUGCGUGUGCUGGAAGAGAGGGAUAGAGAGCUGGAAGUCUAUGAUGCCAUGGCUGUUCAAGUUCGCACUGAAGAGAGUGCUCGACAUGAGGAGCUCAGUGAACUUAGGAUACAGGUAGCAAGACUCCAGGAAACCAUAGGAGAGGAGAGGAGACAGAAUCAAGAUCUGCAGGCACAGUAUCAGAAGAGAGGUGUGGAGCACAGACUUCAACUGGAAAGAAUACAGAGUGUAAAAGAGGACGAGAUACAAAAACUCAGGGAGGAGAAUGAGGCACUGAAACGGGAUCUCCAGCGGCGAAUACAGGAAUCUGAAGGGGAGCUGGCACUGCAGAAACAGGAAAUGAUGGCAGACUUUGACAGUGAGAUGAGAAAGCGGGAGCAUGAGUUUAAUCUGAGGCUGGACGAGAUGCACAAUGUUGUACUGUCCCAUGAGCUUAAGGUGAAGCUCCUGAGCAAAGAACUGGAGGUCCAUGCCCAAGCACACAGCCAGGCUACUGAAGCCCUUCAGAUGUCUGAGGAGCUCUGUCAGCAAGCUCAGAAAGAAAUCCUGAACAGAGACUGGGACCUCAAGAACACAGCUGCCGUCAAAAACUCUAGAAUAAAAGAGCUUGAGGAAAAGCUGAAGCAGAUGGAAGCCAAGCAAAAAAGGGAAGCAGAAGUCAACAACAGGAAGCAUGCAGAGCUGGAACGAAGAGCUAGGGAGAGAGAAGCUGCUCUGGGGGCCAUGAAGGAGGCCCAUUGCUGUGACCUGCGGGAGGAGAAGAAAAAGGCCACAGAGUUACAGACCCGGCUGGAAAGACUGUACUUGGAGCAGGAGAGCCGAGAAAAGGGCCAUGAAAACGACCUCCAACACAGAGAUCAGCAGAUACAAGAGCUCCGCACACAGCUGGAGAAGACGCAGGCUGGCUGGGAUGCUUACAUCACGCAGGUCUCCAAAGAGACGGUUGCCAAGGACACAGAGCUGCUGUCUGCGGGGGAGAGAGAGGCUAAAGUGAGAGCAGAGCUACAGAAGUGUAAAGAGGAUGUGGAGAGAUAUAAGCAGCAGUUGGCCAGUGGCAUUCAGAGAGAGCAAGCUCUGGAGAAGAAGCGUGUGCAGCUGGAGCUGGAUUGGGAGCGGAGGUGUGAGGAAGUACGUGCUGAACACUACCUUAAGAGCGAGGAGCUUAUCCAGGGUCUGACCCAGGCUAGAGAUCAGGUAACCGCUGAACUGAGGGAGAAGGAGCGAGAGCUGCUAGAGACUGUGACUUUGCUGAAAAGUGUCACCAUAGAGCGAGACAAGGCAUUAUCUAUGGUCAAGAUUUCUCCAAGCACAGUUUCUCAGGCGGCUGGAGAGGAGCGGAAUUCUUUCCCCUCAGAGGAGAUCCGACGAUUGCAGCAGCAGAACAGCAGCCUGAGAGAGGUGAUUGCUGAGAUGAGAAGGCAAAUGGAGACCCUUAGCAAAGAGGUUCCCCCAGCUCAGAAUGUAACCCUAACCCAGCAUCCUGACCCAGAACCCAUCAUCACAGGGACUACAGAAUACAGUCAGGCCCUGGAGGAAGAAUUACAAAACCUAAAGGCCAAAUGCAGACGCCUUGAGGACCAAUUAGAUGAGGUUUCCAAGACAAAUAAUCCCAUUCCUACUUCUGAUCAUCAGCUCCCUGUUUCUCCUGAAAAUGCCUACCUUCAAAACCACAUUAAGUCACUUAAUGAGACCAUAGGUGGUCUGCGAGUUGAAAAAGUAGCCAGUGCUGCAACUUUGAAGAAACAGGAGGUCAGGCUUGCACAUUUGGAGUCUAUGGUGGUUAAUCUCACACAACAGUGUCACUCAAGACAAAUAGAGAAUGAGGCUCUUCGUGUGGAACUGGCCAAUCAUAAGAGAGAAUCGGCAGCCGAAAAAGCAAGUCUGAAACAAAAAAUAGCUGCUGCUGACAUGCAAUUGGAGGAGGUGAAAAGAGAAGCAGAGGAAUACCAAAAAGGCAGCCUUAUUCAUAAUCUGGAAACAGUAGCCCUGGGCAACCAGGUGUCUGCACUGAAACUGGACAUUGCAAGCAGGAGGGAGCCCAUUGUUUUGCAACAGAGUGAGAUGGUAAAACAGCUUCAGGAGGAAAACCUCAGUCUGAGGCAGCAGCUGCUGCUGUUGCAUUGUUCUGGCAGAGGGGACGUUGCUGGCGAUGCCAAUCUGCUUCAGUCCAAACUCAAACAGGCAGCUCACUGGAUCUCUCGUCUCAGCCAGGACAAACGGCAGCUCAUUGAAAUGGGCAACCGACUCCGGGCUCAGCUGGCCGAGACAGGAGUAGCCACAUCCAAGCCUAUCCUUAGUCUUCAGGAAAAAGAAUCCCAAAAAGCUGUGCCUGAAACCCAGACCCAGAGUCGCCUGUCUACCCUGGAACAACUUCAGUACAAGCUUACAACUCAGGAGCUCCAGUAUGCACAGAGAGAUCAGAGCAAGAAAAACCCUAUUAUUGUCCGCCCCCACUAUUCUGGUAGUGAGAGUGGAGACAAAGGCAAAACCAGCAAUCCAUGGGACCCACCAACAAAACUCCAGCACUCAUUUAGUAAAGAAAACACCCCCCCAGCACAACCUGAGGUUCCUGUGCACCUGGCCAGCUCUCCCCAGACCUUACUGUCAUCCAUGGGCACUGAUGAGUCCCUGCAGGACGUGUGGCAGAUACUUGAGCAUGGAUUGAGUCCCACAAUGCUCACUCCUAGUGACAGUGACCACAAAGAUGGGGUUUCUGCAUCAGCCAGAGGUGAACAGGAAGCACACACAGGACUACCAGUUCGAAUUCAGGGCUUAAACCCAGCAGUCCAGGAAAGAAAAAAACAAGUCAGAACUGAAUCUGCACCUGUUAAAAAGCUGAGGCCUGCUGGUAAGGUGGUCAAGAUUCGCAAUUACAAUAUUAAAGACUGAAAAUAAAGUAGUUAUGAAAUUUUAUACCACCCUUUGAAUUUAGAUUUCAGGUACAAUUUUCAGGCCCAUGACUUUUUACAGACCAUGUUUUAACCAUGUCCUAUUGUGCCACUUAAAUUUGCCUUUGAAAAGUAAGGACUAUUUUGUUAACUCAGGUUUUAAAAGGCAGAAGUAGCUUUUCCUCAGUUCCUUAAAAGGGAAUGCUAAACACAGCAGUGUAUACAUUCCUCUUUCUCUCAAGAAUGUGACUUAAUGCUUAAAGAAUGCACUGAUAAUAAUUAGGAAAAACAAUGUGACUUUUUAAUGAUAUGUUUUUAUUAAAUAAAACACUUGUUUUGUA